AUGGCAAAGAGGAAACAGACAGCUCUAAAUGUACACUUAAAGCUUAAGAUUCUAGAUGAAGUGGAUUGUGGUACCAAGAAAACAGCAAUUGCAGAGCAGUUUGGAAUACCCAUAUCUACUUUACCUACAAUUAUUAAGAAUCAAGAAAAAAUUAUUAAUGCUGCAGCAUCAGGCUCUGGAAACAUAUCUAAAGGACUUCAUACCACCAAGUAUGAAGACGUCGAGACAUUACUGCAAGAAUGGUUCAAUCAUAUGCGUGUAUCUAACAUACCUUUAACUGACCCUAUGAUUCAGUCAAAAGCAAAUGAUAUUGCUAAAGAUAUGGGCAUCAAAGACUUCCGUUGUUUUGCUGGUUGGUUGUAUCGGUUCCAAAAGAGACAAUCAGUUUCAUCUGUACAAAUUUGUGGUGAAGCAAAUAAAGUUGAUGAAGAAAGUGCGAACAGCUGGUUGCAUGAAUUCAACCGAGUGAGGGAAAAGUAUGCCUCGUGUGACGUGUUUAACAUGGAUGAAAGUGGAUUUUUCUACAAUCUUUUUCCAAAUCACACCCCGGGGAUAAAAGGUGAUAAGUGUCACGGUGGAAGAGCUUAUCAUAAGCGACUUGUAAGAGCUGCAAUUCGUGCUGCUGAAAACAAUAGUUCAACCCCAAAUUGGAAUCUGCUUGACACAAUAAAAGCCAUCACAGCAGCCUGGAACUCCGUAUUGCCACAACAUAUAGGGAAGUGCUUUAACAGAGCUUGUAGACAUAGCAACACUGAAGAUGUCCACGAGUUAGAAGAUGCCACUUCAACUGAUGAAUGGACAGUUCUGCAGGACGUUGCGAUUCCUGGGAUUAGUUUCGAAGAAUUCAUUAGUGUAGGUGACGAUGUUACCGUAUGUCCUGUGGAAUCGGAUGUGUCAAAAGCUGCAAACAAGGUGCAAGAAGGGCCAUCAGAAGAAAGUGAAGAUGAAGAGAACACAGAUACCAUUCCACCUACCCAUCAGGAGAUGUUAGAGCCUUGGACUGUUUAG